AUGGCGUUCCUGCUGCAGCCCCCACUGCCCGCUCGAGGAACGAUCACACGCAGACACGCUGAACGCUUCCGCGGCGUCACCACCUUCUGCCCUCCGCUGCCUGCUCGCCUCCGAGCCCGAAAGGCAAAACCUCCUCGCUCCUGCCCCCCUCCUCGCGAUGUCAGUCAAACCCUAGCACACCGUACGCGCAGGCCCGCCCGCCCGCUCCCAUUCCCCACACCCACCCAUGGCGGCGCUCUCCGCGCCAUCGACGCCGAAUCCCGCAUCGCCGCGUCCGACCCCGUCAAGGUCUCGUGCAUGAGGAGCACUGGCUCCGCUCACUUCGGCUGUGCCUUCCCCUACGUCAGGGCCUCCUCUUCGGCUGCAAGGAACCUCGAGCCGCUGAGGGUGAUAGCCACGCAGGCGCCCCCUGCCGUGCUCCCCGACCAAACAUUUCAUGUGAGCUGUGCAGCCUGCGGUGGAUUUAUAAUUUUCUUCUUCCUUUAUUUCUCUGUAGAAUAUUCGAGUGGGGAUAAGACAAAGAUUGGCAUCAACGGGUUUGGGCGGAUUGGCAGGUUGGUCCUGCGAAUUGCAACCAGUAGAGAUGAUAUUGAAGUUGUGGCUGUGAAUGACCCUUUCAUUGAUGCUAAGUACAUGGCCUAUAUGUUCAAGUAUGAUUCCACUCAUGGCCCGUUUAAAGGUUCUAUUCGUGUCGUGGAUGAUUCAACCCUCGAGAUCAAUGGGAAGAAGGUCACAAUUAAAGCAAAAGACUAUUUAGCUGUUCUCAAACUGCCUCACCUUCAGCCGGGCGACGCGUCUGCGGUGGCCUCGUCCGGAAGUGAGAGGUACCCGUUUGUCGACAGCAACUCGACGGUGCCGCUGGCCACCGGCAUGACCGACACCGCCAUUGUGCUGCCGCUGCCGGACAUCGGGAUCGAGGACGCCACCACCAAGCGAUUGUCUUCACAAUAUACGAACUGGCCUUACUGGAACAGAUCAGAGGGUGCAAAUCAUUUCUUUGUCACGCCACAUGACUUUGGUGCUUGCUUCCAUUAUCAGGAAGAGAAAGCAAUCGGGCGGGGAAUCCUUCCCUUGCUUCAGCGUGCUACACUGGUUCAGACCUUUGGACAGAAGAACCAUGUCUGCCUGAAGGGUGGGUCCAUCACAAUCCCACCAUUUGCACCUCCCCAGAAAAUGCAGGCUCACCUUAUCCCCGUGGACACCCCUCGGUCUAUCUUCGUGUACUUCCGUGGUCUGUUCUACGACACCAGCAACGAUCCUGAGGGUGGUUACUAUGCGAGAGGUGCUUGUGCAUCAGUCUGGGAGAACUUCAAGAACAACCCGCUCUUCGACAUCUCGACUGAUCACCCACCAACUUACUACGAAGACAUGCAGCGUUCAGUGUUCUGCCUGUGCCCCUUGGGCUGGGCUCCAUGGAGCCCCAGGCUGGUGGAAGCUGUGGUUUUCGGCUGCAUCCCGGUGAUCAUCGCCGACGACAUUGUCCUACCCUUUGCAGACGCCAUCCCAUGGGAGGAGAUCGGUGUGUUUGUCGCCGAGGAGGAUGUCCCAAAGCUGGACAGCAUCCUGAUGUCCAUCCCAACAGAUGUUAUACUGAGGAAGCAACGUCUCCUUGCAAACCCGUCGAUGAAACAGGCCAUGCUGUUCCCCCAGCCUGCUCAGGCGGGAGAUGCAUUCCACCAGAUCCUAAAUGGGCUCGCGCGCAAGCUCCUACAUGGUGACGGCGUCUUCUUGAAGCCCGGGGAGAGGGUCCUGAAAUGGACCGCCGGACCGCCAGGCGACCUGAAACCUUGGUAGCAUCUGCCUGCCUAG